UCCGUUCGCCGCCGCCGUCACUACCACCACAACUCCACUCGCUCUGCUCGCCGGACAGAUCGAGGGCUCGCACCAACCGGCGAGGCGGAGGCGACCAUGGCGGACACCGCAAGAGCAAGAGCGCCGCCUCCCAACCGCAGCCUCCCGGAGGAGAUCCUCAUCUGGGAGAUCCUGGUCCGCCUGCCCCCCAAAUCCCUCCUCCGUUGCCGCGCCGUCUGCCCCGCCUGGCGCCGCGCCACCUCCACCCGCGACUUCCUCCUCGCCCACCACGCCCGUCAGCCCACCCUCCCUCUCCUCGACGACUUGAGCAGCAUCGGCUACGGAGGCCACUCCUUAGACACCAUCCCCAGCCCCUCUCCCUUGGAGCACCAGGCCGCCACCGGCCGGCUCCAGUCCGUCGUGCGAUUUGAUGAUGCCUACUUCCGCCUGUUCGCCUCCUGCGACGGCCUCCUCCUUCUCUCCAUGGCCACUGGCUACUUAGUCCUCUGUAAUCCGGCGACUCGUCAGUUUGCUCGUCUCCCGCUCCUUCCUGGCUUCAUACCCUUGGGGAUGUAUCCACACAGCCCAACUGGAACUGGGGAGUACCGACUAUUGCUCUACCUGUCUUCCUCGGAACGGGCACCUGACGCUCAAGCUGGCUGCUACAUCCUCUCUCUAGGCUCCGGCCAGCUGCCCAGGCACAUAGGGUGCAGGGAUGUGGAGAGACUCAUAAACACCUUCGGAUCUGUCAUGUUCCAUGCUAGCCUACAUUGGCACCGGCACAAUGUGAUAAUGGUAUUUGACACCAUAACCGAGUUGUUUCGUGAGAUGUCUGCUCCGGUUGUUCCUGGCCCCAUCAACCUGUUUGAGAUGGAUGGAAUGCUUGCCGCCUCCAUCUUCACUGAUCCAACGACAUCCAUUGAUAUCUGGAUGGCACAGGACUAUGACAAUGAGGUUUGGGCCUUCAAAUAUCGGGUCAAUUUGCCGGUUGCAGAGCUCACAGCACAGUUUGGGAAGAUUAACAAACGUUGCUGUGUGGUGUUUGCCUCUUCGGAUGGUCAUGCGCUUGUGCUGGCCAAAUUUGGAGAUUGGCUGCUUCAGGUUGAUAUGGAUGGCAAGUUGGUUGCCAGUUUCCAUGGCAGAGGCAUUGGUCCUACUCAAAAUCGGCUGAAACAAUCUCUUGUUCAGCAUACCUUCUUUCCCACACUUGAGGGUUAUGUUGUCAACGCGUCACCUUUCAUCUGACCAGAUGAUUAUGUUGUCAACACACAGCCUUUCAUCUGAGGGAGGUUGAUUGUGGUAAUGCUUCUUAUGGGCCUGGCUCCCCGUGUCCGUUUGAACUGCAGUAUGUAUUAACUGCAUCCACUAUGAGGCCGCUAGCUUCUUUUUUGAUCCAUAAAAAAUUAUGAUCAAGAAGCUCUCAGUGUUACAUGGUUGUGUUAUAUUUCUCUAAAUAUCCUUUUGGGCUGAAGUGGCUGCCGUGAGUGCAGAUGCUAAAACUACAAAUCAUUUGGCUGACAUGAGUGUUGAUGCUAAGACAAUCCUAAAAUAAGCUGGACAAAUGAAAUAUGUACUGAUAAGAGAAGAAAGGUUAUCAUUGGUUAGCCUGUGUUCCUUUCUUUUGGUUCAGUGUUUGAAAUGUUGGCAACUGUUCUGACUCGUGUCACUGUUCUCUUGAACCGGAGAAUAGAUCCCCUCCCCCCUCCCCUCUCUCCCUUUAUGUAGUAGUUUGUCUGUACUCAAGGUAGCAAUGUAGCUGCCUCUUCUCUCUGUUUACUGAAUUGAACAAUUGAAUUAUAUCCGUUUACCGAUGUCUUCAUUUGUAGAGUUUAUCUGAUGGUCUUCUUAAUACUAAAACUUAGCACACGGGUGUCUUGUUUCUAUUUUUUGGCUGUAGCUAGCCGAUUAUCUACUUGUUGGCUAGCAAGUUGCACCUGAUUUUUAGAAGAGCUUGGAGCACUACUCUUGUUAUAUUAAGUGAUUAAAUUAUAGUAGCUUUUCCGAAAUAUUCUGCUGCAAUUCAUUCCUUCUUCAUGAAUCAAUUGCAUCAUUUGGAAUGUUCUGCUGCAAUUCAUUCUUCAUGAAUCCCUUGCAUCAUUUGAAAUAUUCUGUUAUAAUUUCAGGUUCUUGUUGCAUCAUUUGGAAUCAUCAGUUCACUUUGGCUGCUAACUAUUUUAAUGAAUUAAUAUUAUACCGACACUAUUCCUUUGAAAAUUAGGAUCACCUAUGUAGAGUUGAUAGCAAAGAUGAGAAAGGACUAAUUGGGGCUGGUGUUUGUGGCACCCUUUUUACUCGUGUUUUUUACUGGUUAAGUGAUUAAAUUAUAGUAGCUUUUCCGAAAUAUUCUGCUGCAAUUCAUUCCUUCUUCAUGAAUCAAUUGCAUCAUUUGGAAUGUUCUGCUGCAAUUCAUUCUUCAUGAAUCCCUUGCAUCAUUUGAAAUAUUCUGUUAUAAUUUCAGGUUCUUGUUGCAUCAUUUGGAAUCAUCAGUUCACUUUGGCUGCUAACUAUUUUAAUGAAUUAAUAUUAUACCGACACUAUUCCUUUGAAAAUUAGGAUCACCUAUGUAGAGUUGAUAGCAAAGAUGAGAAAGGACUAAUUGGGGCUGGUGUUUGUGGCACCCUUUUUACUCGUGUUUUUUACUGGUUAAGUGAUUAAAUUAUAGUAGCUUUUCCGAAAUAUUCUGCUGCAAUUCAUUCCUUCUUCAUGAAUCAAUUGCAUCAUUUGGAAUGUUCUGCUGCAAUUCAUUCUUCAUGAAUCCCUUGCAUCAUUUGAAAUAUUCUGUUAUAAUUUCAGGUUCUUGUUGCAUCAUUUGGAAUCAUCAGUUCACUUUGGCUGCUAACUAUUUUAAUGAAUUAAUAUUAUACCGACACUAUUCCUUUGAAAAUUAGGAUCACCUAUGUAGAGUUGAUAGCAAAGAUGAGAAAGGACUAAUUGGGGCUGGUGUUUGUGGCACCCUUUUUACUCGUGUUUUUUACUGGAGUUUCUGGUUGUUAAUUUGAGCGUUAGGGAUUGUUUCCUAUUCAGAGUUUUCAAGAAACUGUCGUGCCCAAUUUCCAUCCCCACACAAUACUGUUUGGUAACUUACCUAAAGUUGUAUUAUUAUCGGCUAGUGCAAGCAAUCAGCUGCCAUCGUAAGGAAAAAAUAGUUCACUGUCAGGUAAGCUUGCAGUUCAGAUUAUGAGGUACUAAUCUCUUGAGCUGUGAAGGACAUGUGCGAAAUGAUCUGGAAGUUAACAUUUGCACUUGCGCCAUGAUAAUACAGACUUUGUGGUCGGGUAGAUUGUUAUUUGAUGAGUAGUGGACCUGCAAAUAAAUUGUUGAAUAUACUUGAUUCUUCACAGAUGGCCUUGCAGGAUUGUUCUGGAAACAGAUGCAAAUGCGAUAUCUGAGAAGGUGCCAGACCAUCGAUUGGAAGGAGCUGGAUCCUUCACUGAGCAGGUAUAACACAGUUGUGAUAAUGAUUUGAGCCGAAGCCUCUCUAGUUCCACAUGACCUUUUCUCUACCACAUUUGCAGAUGAUAAGCCAAGCCGUAGCGACUGCGGAAGUGCACAUCACAAGGUCUCUUCUAAAGUAGCGUGUGUAGGCAUCUUUCAGGUUGAUGAUAGAACUUGCAUUGAACUCCUAUGUUUCCUCCUGCAGCAUAGUGCACCAAGUUUGCAAGAAAGAAAAUGAGUUGAAUCCUCCUCUGUAUGAGUGAGCAUAGUGCAUCAUCUAUGGCUGUGGUUGUUGGCAUUUUGUUUGCGGAGAUGUGUGUCCAGCCCAAGUGCCUAACUGGUCACCAGAUUCCUAGGUCUUUAAGGAACUUGUGAUCUGUGCAGUCAUUGGUCCUGUUGUUUUACCUCCCUUUGGUGAAAUAUGAGCAAGCAUGUUGAUGGUCAAAAUGGUUUUUUGUUAAGGGCAAGCAUGUCUAUUCUGCAAAUAAGGAGACAACAAAACACUUGAAAAUCUUGGGUCGGCGUGUCGCAGGCACUGGCGUGUCGUGACAAAACAUGAUAGGAAGAGAGUUACCCUGGACCUGGAGUGCAACAUAUGUGGGAAUGGGUCUGAAGACGCCCAUCAUGCUACUGUGUGUUAUACCAACUAACAACGCAGUGGCAUUAUGAGCUGAGCUGCGGCAAGUUCUGAAGAGGCACCCAGAAAUUCAGGCCCUGACAGAUUGUGAGUGGAGGAGAUCAGAAGUAAAGUCCUGUUGAGGCUGUGGUGCUGUUUGGAGGAAUGGUGUUAUUGUUCACAACAAAGUUGAUGGUACACCAUUGGUGCCUCAGUUGCCUUCCUCCCGAAUUAUUUUUUCCUGUACCCAACCUGAUUACCAUGUGUGUGGCCGUAAGAAGCUGACCAUUUUAAGGAACCAAUGCUUCAUCUGAUGUUCGAUCUUAACAUAUGAUCGAGAAAUAAAACUUGUACUGAUCUGCAGAGCCAUGAUCUUUUAUUCUCUGUAACCGGUGCAAUGCGGGUGAAUUGGGUCCACUAUUAUGUGCAGAGCCAUGAUCUUACCAAGUGGCAACUGAUUUUCUUACAAGAGCUAGGAGAAUUAUUUUAAUUGAAAGAUUGCAUUAAUUAUGAGCAAC